CUCUUUAACUGCAGCUACGGACUCAUGCUCGUUCCUUGGACUCGUGUCGGACAGAUCUCCCUGUACUCGCCCUCUCAGCGGCUUAUAGUUGGUUUUGAUAGUCGCAUUACAGCCACUAAAUUAAUCAGCCGUUCCUCCUCCACGACACCGUGUCCUACAGCGCUUUCAAAGCGCGGGGCAGGAGUUGCAGUCUACUACAGGAUGACGGCAACCAAGAGAAGCCCGGGGGCCCACUGUCACCUUAGGCUGUCCAUCAUCACAACCUCCUGUGACCAUACAGGGAAGACCUUUUUGGUUCACAAUCGCUCAGGAAAUCACCUUCCAGAGCAGGAACAGCCAUCGGCCAUGAGGAAGAACGAAAACUACACCCGGGUGCCCAGCCGAGACAAAGGGGUGGACAUCGUCAACAUCAAGGGCAUUGAGGACAUCGGUUAUGUCCAGCCGGACUCCAUCCUGCUGAACUCCCUGACGCCCGAGGGCGGCGCGCCCAACCGCCGUGGCCUCUACUUCCAGGACGGGGAGCGGCGGGUGGACUACGUCCUCACCUACCACGCCAAGAAGCCCGGCGGCUCCCGCUCGCGCCGCCCCUCGUCCCGCAUCAUGGAGAGCGCCCUGGCCCGCAGCAUCCGCCGCGCCCGCGCCCCUCGGCCCCGCGACGACCCCGAAAUCGCCGCCCAGGAGCACAGCAUGGACUACCACGAGGACGACAAGCUCUUCCGCCGGGAGGAGUUCGAGGGCAACCUGCAGGAGAUGGGCCUGGAGCUGGAGAAAGACGAGGACACCAAAAUCCCUGGUGUGGGGUUUGUGAAGAUUCAUGCACCAUGGCAUGUACUUUGUCGAGAGGCUGAGUUCAUGAAACUGAAGAUGCCAACUAAAAAAGUAUAUGAGGUCAAUGAUGGAAGCAACCUGGUGGAGAAGAUUAACUCCUUCAUUCACAAAGUGACAGAUCCCCUGCACCCGAAAGUGGAGGAGAACAGGAUACAGAACGUCAAACACCUCUCCUACCCCUUCUCUCGAGAAAAGCAACACCUGUUUGAUUUGUCAGACAAAGAAUCCUUUUUUGACAGUAAAACAAGAAGUUCAAUUGUUUUUGAAAUAUUGAAACGCACAAAAUGCACAAGAGCCAAAUACAUUAUGGGAAUCACCAGUCUACUCGCAAGUGGGGUGUAUGUGGCUGCUUAUCCUUUACAUGACGGGGACAUCGAGGGUGAAAACAUAGAACCUAACGACCGGAAGCUCUUGCGUGAUGAGUGGGCAAGUUAUGGCGUUUUCUACAAGUAUCAGCCCAUUGGCCUGGUCAGGAAGUACUUUGGGGAGAAGAUUGGCCUGUACUUCGCCUGGCUGGGCGUGUACACUCAGAUGCUGAUCCCUGCCUCCGUGGUUGGCGUCAUCGUCUUCCUGUACGGCUGUGCCACGGUGGACGACGACAUUCCCAGCAUGGAGAUCUGCGACUCCAGGAACAACAUCACCAUGUGUCCCCUGUGUGACCGCGCCUGCAGCUACUGGAAGCUGAUCACAGCCUGCGGCACCGCCAGGGCCAGCCACCUUUUCGACAACCCCGCCACCGUCUUCUUCUCCGUCUUCAUGGCACUGUGGGCUGCCAUGUUUAUGGAGCACUGGAAGAGGAGACAGAUGCGACUGAAUUACAUAUGGGAUCUUACCGGGUUUGAGGAUCAAGAGGAUCAUCCUCGUGCCGAAUAUGAAUUCCGUGUCAUGCAGAAGACUCUGAGGAAGGAGCGGCAAGCUCAUAAAAUCGCGAAGCCUUCAGAGGUAUCGGAGGAACCUGCAAACAAAUGGAGGCACACUGUAGAAACCGCCUUCGCUGGGCUCAAGCUGACAGAGAAAGAAAAACUGACGUGUAGUGACAGAUUACCAGCCUAUCUGACCAACGUAGUCAUGAUGUUGUUUAUGAUUGGGGUGACCUUUGCCAUCGUGUUCGGGGUCAUCCUUUACAGAAUUUCAACCAAGGCUGCUCUGCACAUGAGCUCCAACCCCACCACGCGCUCCAACGUUCGGCUGACGGUCAAGACCACCGCAGCCAUCAUCAACCUUGUGGUCAUCCUCAUCUUGGACGAGGUGUACGCGGCCAUUGCCCGCUGGCUCACUGUCCUCGAGGUGCCGAAGACUGACAAGGACUUUGAGGAGAAAUUGAUAUUUAAGACAUUCAUCCUUAAGUUUGUCAAUGCCUUCACCCCCAUUAUUUACAUUGCAUUCUUCAGGGGCAGGCUUGUUGGACGUCCGGGAAGUUACCUGUAUGUUUUCGAGUCUUAUCGGAUGGAGGAGUGUGCUCACGGGGGCUGUCUGAUGGAGCUGUGCAUUCAGCUCAGCAUCACCAUGCUGGGGAAGCAGCUCAUCCAGAACAACCUGUUUGAGAUUGGCAUCCCGAAACUGAAGAAGCUGAUACGGUACAUCAAGUCGAAGAGGGGCUCUGCCCAGGAGGAGGAGCAGAAGAAACUGCGCCGCCAUGAGAUGGACUUCUUCCUGGAGCCGUUCGCCGGACUCACCCCUGAGUACAUGGAGAUGAUCAUCCAGUUUGGGUUUGUGACCCUGUUUGUGGCAUCCUUCCCUUUGGCUCCACUGUUCGCCCUGCUCAACAACAUCAUUGAGAUCCGUUUGGAUGCAAAGAAGUUUGUAGCAGAGCUGAGGAGACCAAUAGCCGGAAGAGCAAAAGACAUUGGUAUCUGGUACAACAUCCUCCGAGGGAUUGGCAAAGUGUCUGUCAUCGUCAACGCGUUCGUGAUCGCGUUCACGUCAGACUUCGUCCCGCGCCUGGUCUACCAGUACAUGUACAGCCCGGACGGCUCCAUGCACGGCUUUGUCAACCACACCCUGUCCUACUUCAACGUCAGCCACUUCAAGGACGGUCUGGAGCCCCUGGAGCCUCUUCACCUGGGCUACCACGUGGAGAUCUGCAGGUACAAAGACUACAGAGAGCCUCCAUGGUCGCCAACGCCAUAUGAAAUCUCCAAAGAAUUCUGGGCUGUGCUGGCGGUUCGGCUGGCCUUUGUCAUCGUCUUUCAGAACGUGGUGAUGCUGAUGAGCGACAUCGUGGACUGGCUGAUCCCAGACAUUCCCAAGGACAUCAGCCAGCAGAUCCACAAGGAGAAGAUCCUGAUGGUGGAGCUGUUCAUGAAGGAGGAGCAGGGGAAGAUGCACAUUCUGGACAGCAUGGGCCUGCGGACCGGCAAGGAUGCCUGCAACAACCACAGCCCGGCCCCACGCCCUCGCACCACCCCACAGACGGACAGCCAUGACUAUUAACCCCCGCCCGUCCUUCCGUCUGUCUGUGUUCUUAUCCUCGUCCGGACAUUCCACAGAAUGAGAGGUGUUCCUCGCGGAGGCAGUGUCAGACAGGCCCAUCAUGCCUUUUUUUGCUUUUUAAAUUCAACUCUGUGAUUAACUGCCAAUUAUUGAGGUCACGGCACAGUUGUGAUCCUGCCAAAAUUACGACGGCAGUUUUUCUUGCUGUUUUUUCUAACCGAAAAAAAAUGUCCAGUCCAAGGAAAGCAGAGUUUUACUCCAUUUUGUCCUGUUCUCAGGUGUAUUUGUUUCCUCUUUCAUUUUCUUUUUGGAACAGGAAGCAGUUUACAUGCCCUACAUACCCUUUCUUCAUCCAAUAGAGGCCACCACAGUGGGAUUUCACAUGACUAGUUCUUUCAUAUCUUCAUUUUUGUUAGUUGUUAAAUGUUAAGUAGAUAUUUGCACUCAUCAGAAUUGCUAGAACUUGCUUAUCAGGGAUUAGACCUUUUUUAAAGUUUUUUAUACAAAGAUUAAAGUGGGAAAUCACCUUUUUUUCAAGAAUAUAAAUGUUUUUUUAUUUUCCUCUUGCCAGAUGCAUUUACAGAGUUGACCCUGAUCUAAAGAUCUAAAUAACCAGGAGUAAAGAUGGAUGGAUGGAUGGAUGUACAGCAGCACUGCUCAACUCCAUGUCCUCUGCAGGUAUUGGCUUCAACCAUGUGCUACACCACCUGAUUUCACUAAUUAGCUUAGUAGCUGAAACCAAGCAGGUAAAAUAAUUAGUGAAAUCAGGUGGUGUAGUGCAUGGCAGGAGCAAAUGCCUGCAGACACUGCAGCCCACAGAAUGUGGAGUUGAGUAGUGUUGGUGUACAGUAUUUAAAGGAAUAGGUCACUUUCUGUGUUUUUACCCUAUAGCAGUCUGUAUAGUGAUUCUUCAUUGAACCCCCAAAUAGAAUGUCAAGUCGACAGGACAUCAGAAACUCCAAUAAAUAUCAAAAAUAUCCUUCAUUACACAAAAAUAAUAGAAAACAUACAUUGGAAGUGAAAUAUCAAACAAAGACCCCAGAAAGUGAACUAUCCCUUUAAGAGCAAUACAAGGUUUUUGUUUGCCCUUCCAAUGUACUGAAAGCAGUGUAUUUCCCAGAAAUAUGGUACUGAAAAAUAUCACAUGUAAAAUGUAAAGCACUGGAAUUCAAAUUAAACAUUAUGAAAUGUGAUAUAAUAUACACAUCUUCCGGGAAGGCAAGCUGGGAGAUGUGGACUAAACAAGCCUUUGGAACAACUGAGGACUUUAAGGCCAAAAAUAUUACACAUAUUGGCAUGCACUGUACAAAUAAAAAUGUGUUAGCACCAAAUGUCUAUACCACCUGAAUUCACACAAUACCAAAGAUACCAUCAUAUUAUCUGAAUGUACCUUCUUUUCAGGUGUACAGUCAGUCUUAUAUAUGGCAAUAACACACAAUUAUUUUUAGCUAGUGCACUCCCUGAAGAGCUUCUGGCUGGGACAGAAAGACUGAACACUGAACAUGGUCCUUCUUAAUAUUUCAAAGUCUCCAGAUUGCCUUCAAUAAAUGCCUUUAAUGAAUCUGGAAUGCUGAAACUAAAGUGAAAAACCUUAAAUUACAAUGAUUAUAAUUUUUCAUCCACAAGCUGAUAUUUGUGUAUAAGGAGAUGGGUUUUUUAUUUUUUGUGGACAGGUUUUUUGGCAAUGAAGGAUAUUUCAUAAACUUAAUUCAAACUUACUAAAAUUGUAGUAAUUGUAAAACAUGCCGGCUUUACAAUUGCGGGGAUUUCAGGGCAUUUAAUACUUCAUGGUCUGAAGUGAUAAAAUGCACUUCAGGUAACUUCAAAGCAGUUUUAAUUGUAUAGAGUUUAUUGAGAUUAUACACGGUUAUGGUUUUAUACUGUGGUGGUCCUUCUUUCCCUCUCAGGUCUCCACAAGCACAAGCUCUUCUCUCCCAGGCACCUGUGACACUAAUGUUCACAUCGGAAGCCAUGUCACAAUUUCCUUGGCGCACCAGUUGCAAGUCGGACAUUGCUUUUAAACUAUUGUAAAUGUAUUUAAAUGUAUUAAAUGCCAUUUUUGAACAAUAAUCACAACAUAUGCGCAUGUACAACCUCUUGGGGUGUAACGUAACGCUAUACACACUGCUUUAGAGGCACUUGAAUUGUAUUUUCUUGCUUUAGACCACAAACUUCGGAAUGCCCUGAUAUCCAGCAAUGUAAAGCUGGCAAUGUUUUCAGACACUUCUGUAUGCAUCCUAAGUGCCCUUUGUUGCACCCAAAACAUGUCUGGUCCAAUUGUAAACAUGCACCAAAACAGACAUAAAAAAGUGAGUGACCAAUCUUUUUGCCCUGUGACAUUAUGAGUAUGUUUUAGGUAUUCAAGGUAAUGAAGGGUAGACUACAUUCUCCCAAUUUCUCCCUCACCGUAUCCUUCCAUCGUUCAGUUGAAGGUGAUCCGUCUCCUUCAUUUCAGUCCUGUUACAUCGGGUGCGAUAGCUUAACUCGUAUCAUCAUUCCAAAAGGAUAUUGUCAGCAGUGCCUUUUUAUGCCUUGCCUUGGCGUAUUUGCUACCGCUGUUCUAAGUGUCAUUGCUUAAUGUUUGGCUUCAAAUGUAAAUGCCCCUCAAUAGGCAGUCAUGUUUUUUAGCUAGGAGCAGUUAGAUGUUGGUCAAAUGAGUUAGCAUUUUUAGAAUUGUUUUUCCUCCAUAUUUUACAUUCUCAAACAUAUAUGCCUAAACAUUAUUCAUUUUUGUUUUGUUUUUUUAGCUUUAAAUACAAAUCUCUUUAGAAUGUCUGCAUUAAAUGACUGUACUGAGAACCGUCUUUAUAAUUAAAACAAAUAGCAGGAGACAGAAACAAAUUCAAAUUUGUAUCAAAAGUUGUCAGUCAAUCUUUGGCCACUGUGAUGCAUCCAUUUUAACUGACAAUGCAUGUAGCGUGUAUAUGUAGUUAUACUGGAGCGCUUGAAGUGAAUUGAUGUCAUUUCAAACCUUCUCCACUCCUCUCUGUAUCCUGUAGUUUAUAUGAAAGAAAUUGACAAAACAGGACAUCAUAAGGCCACUAGAAGGAAAAUGCUUUAGAAAUGCGUUCAGUACAGAAUUACCUUGAGGUACGACAUAUGACAAGACUUUAUUCAGCUGAAAUGGUACUAGCAGCUCUUGCCCCCCGCUACUUUUUAAGAUUGACUAUCUAGAUUAUUACAAGUAUGGAGUUAUGUUACAAUAUCUUUGCAUCUAUCAGAAUCAUAAUGUUUACAUUUAUUUACUGGUUAUAAAGAAAACUGUUUUCUAGAACCUUUUUUCCUGUGCUUGCAUUGCUCCAGUUUAUCAGAAACCGGGAGCUCUUUGUAUGUUAUCUCUGGUAUUCAUACUUUCAGAGCUGUCUAUUUUUAUUGUAUUGAUACAGUUGUUGUAAUUGUAUAGGAGAUAUACUUUUCAUUUUUGAUGAGAAACUAUUCAUGAAAAUAAAACUUUACAUGUAAAAUAUAA